AGACUCAUGAAGUUUAGUUUAAUGUAUAUAUAAGUUUAAGUGAAUUGAAAAAAAACUGUUACAUCAAUGUGUUGACAACAACUACCGAUCAGAUGAACCAAACGAUUGAUACAAUGGAUGCUAAGUUACAAGGAUUCAGAGAUAACAUCAUUGAUAUCAAUGUUUAUCGACAGAUCAUUGAAGAUCAUCAAGAAUUGUGUGUAAGAACCGAACUAAUGAAAGAAAUCAGUGAAGUUUUAUACAAAGAAUUGAAUGAAGUUAUGGCCAAUAAUGAAGAGCUCAAGAGUAAGAUUAAUGUGUUGACAACAACUACCGAUCAGAUGAAUCAAAUGAUAGAUACGAUGGACACGGAAUUGCAAAGAAUCGGCGAACAAGAAAAAGUCAAUGACUUGACAACAGUUAUGACUGGAAAUCAAAAAUUGAAUACUAAAGUAACGGAAUUGAACUCAACUAAUGAACAAAUGAAAGAAGUGAAUGAAGAAAAACAAAAGUUGGUUAACACAGACAAAGAAUGUGAACAACUAAAAGACAAUCUCCAGAAAGUAAAUGAUGAGUUGAUAGCCGCUAAAGACACCAUUGAGUCGAUGAACAAUAAGAUCCGUAUAUUAACCAAUGAAAUUGAAUCGAUUAAUAAUAAUUAUAAUAUGAAAUGUAAUGAAACGGAUCAGUUAAAGAUACAGAACAAUCAAUUGGUGGAUCAAAUUGCUGAACAAGAAGUUAAAUGGCGAAAGAGAACUGAACAGCUUAUGACUGAUAACAAACAAUUGAUGGAUAAACAGAAAAAGUUUAACGCAAACAAAGAAAUGGAAAUUAAUGGAUACGAGAAAGAAAUAUCUGAUCUAAUGAAUAGACUCAAUAUUGAAGAAAUGUCUUUUGAUUUUGAACGCAAAACUAAGGAACGAUAUGUCAAAGAAAAUGAAAAUUAUAUGAAAGAGAAGAACAAGUAUUGUCGAGAAAUAGGUUUUCUUGAAAAUCAACUUAAGUUUAUGUCCGACAACUCGAUCGGUGCCGAAGAUAUCAAACAUGGUUUUCGUGGCAAUCAAUCAAAUAAUACACUAAAAGAAAUACAAAAUAUUAGUUAUCGACGAAAUGAUGUCUCAAUUAAUCAAUGGAAAGACAACUCUAUCCGAUCAGACAAUGUCUCAGCAAUUGUUGAUAACAUAUAUAUUGCUAAUAAAAGGAGUAAUCAAAAUUCAAAAUUAUUGAAAACCAUAACAACUCCGACCAAAGCUAUGAAAAGAGCCAUCAAUUUGAGGAAGACUUGGACUCCAAGUAAACGUCAACUGAUUCGUUAG